AUGUCUCUCCUCGACAACGUCAUCUUCUGCGCCUUCCUCUGCCUGGUCGGUGGUAUUGCUACGGCCUCCCAGGGAGCCGUCAAUUCCAAGCUUGGCCAGUACACUGGCCAGGGUCUUUCCUCGACCAUCGUCUUCUGCAUCGGCGCGGUGGCAUCAUGCAUCUACUUCCUGAUUGAGGUGCGGGGCCGUCCACCAGCGAACUUGACCCUGAUGAUGGCCAAGGCUCCCUGGUGGACCUGGACCGGCGGUAUCAUCGGUGCAGUCUUUGUUAUCAUCACCAUCCUGGCGAUCCCCAAACUCGGUGCCGGUACUACGACAGCAAUUAUUGUCUGCGCCCAAAUGAUCUUCUCCUGCCUCAUUGAUCAUUUUAGCAUCUUUGGCAUUCCCUUCCGUCAGUAUACCCUCUGGCGCGGCCUUGCGACCAUUGGUUUGAUCGCCUGCGUGGCGGUUAUUGCCAAAUUUUAG